AUCAUUGAAUCUGAUAUGACAUAUUGGAGCUUAGAUGCCAUAGUGAAAACUGAACCCCCUGAGAUUUCCAGUGUGAAGCCAGUUUUAGACAUCAAGCGAAUGGUUCAAAUAAAAUGGAUAAGGCCUGAGUUGGCACCUGUUUCAUCUGAUUUAAAAUACACACUUCGAUUCAGAACAGUCAAUAGUACCCGCUGGAUGGAAGUCGACUUCACUGAGAAUCGUUUCAGUGCAAAGCAAACCUACAACCUCACAGGGCUGCAGGCUUUUACGGAAUAUGUCAUAGCUCUGCGAUGUGCGGCUGAGGAGUCGAGGUUCUGGAGCGAAUGGAGCCAGGAAAAAGUGGGAACAACUGAAGAAGAAGCUCCUUAUGGCCUGGAUGUGUGGAGAGUCCUGAAACCAGCCAAGUUGGAUGGAAGAAGGCUGGUGUGGUUGCUGUGGAAGAAGGCAAGAGGAGCUCCAGUCCUGGAGAAAACACUUGGCUAUAACAUACGGUACUUUCCAGAAAACAACACUAACUUCACAGAGAUAAUUACCACAACUAACCAGCAGAUUGAACUGAAUCUGGGAGAUGAGACCUAUUGUGUGUCUGUGAUUUCUUAUAAUUCUCUUGGGAAGUCUCCAGCAGCCACCCUGAGGAUUCCAGCUAUUCAUGAAAAGUCAUUUCAGUGCAUUCAGGGCAUGCAGGCCUGCCGUACUCAGGACCAGCUGGUGGUGGAGUGGCAAAGCUCCACUCCAGUGGUGGAUGCAUGGAUGGUUGAGUGGUUUCCAGACAUGGACUCAGAGCCUUCCACCCUUUCCUGGGAAUCUGUGUCUCGGGCCAGGAACUGGACAAUCCAGCAAGAGAAAUUAAAACCUUUCUGGUGCUAUAACAUCUCUGUGUAUCCAAUAUUGGGAGACCAAGUGGGUGAGCCUCAUUCCAUCCAGGCUUAUGUCAAAGAAGAUGUUCCAUCAAGAGGUCCUGUGACCAAGGUAGACAGCAUUGGUGUGCAGAUGGUCACAAUUGUAUGGGAAGAGAUUCCCAAGAGUCAGAGAAAUGGUUUCAUCAGGAACUACACCAUAUUUUACCAAGAUGAAGAUGGAAAAGAAUUCUCCAAGACAGUCAACUCCACCACCCUGCAGUAUGGCCUGGAGUCACUGACACGAAAGACCUCUUACACUGUUCAGGUCAUGGCCAGCACCAGUGUUGGAGGAACCAACGGGACCAGGAUAAAUUUUAAGACAUUGUCAAUCAGUAUCUUUGAGAUUAUCUUUAUCAAUAUUCUCGUUGGAGGAGGCCUUCUUAUUCUCAUCGUCCUGACUAUGGCAUAUGGUCUCAAAAAACCCAACAAAUUGAUUGACCUGUGUUGGCCCAAAGUCCCCAACCCUGCUGAAAGUAGUAUAGCCACGUGGCGAGGAGAUGGUUUCAAGGAUAAGCCAAAUCUGAAGGAGUUUGAUGAUGUGAGCACAGAAGACAAGAUCUUAAAACCAUGUUCUACACCCAGUGACAAGUUAGUUAUUGACAAGUUGUUGGUGAACUUUGAGAAUUUUCUGAAAGAUAUUUCCACAGAGGAAGCCAGAAAGGAUCAGGAAAACAUUUUGGAUGGGGAAAAGAAUGAGUGUGUGACCUCUCCUUAUAGGUCCUACCGUCCCCCAGGGAAGAGUUUUCAGGAGUCCCUAGUUUCAACUGAAAUUCCUCUCAGGAAAUCCCAACGCCUAUGUUCCAGGAUGCCAGAAGGGACCUGCCCGCAAGUCAAACAGCAACUUCUCCUUUCUGGUCAAAGUUUGGGGCCGAAUUAUCUCUGUGAAGAAGGAGCACCGAAUCCAUAUUUGAAAAAUUCGGUGACAACCAGAGAAUUUCUUGUGUCUAAAAAACUUUUAGAGCACAGCAAGAGAGAAGUCUAA